GGCUGCGCGCUGCUGGAGCCCGGAGGUACAGGCCGGCUGGGAGGCGACGGCGGCGGCUGCGGGCGACCCCCGGCCAGGCCAGAUGUCAUUGAUCAGAAUGAAUCGUUUUGGUCCCCGAGGAAGUGGAAGAAAAGCACUGAAAGUAAAGAAGAAGAAGACUUCGGUGAAACAAGAAUGGGAUAAUACUGUAAAUGAUCUAACAGUUCACAGGGCAACUCCUGAAGACCUGGUACGCCGUCACGAAAUACACAAGUCAAAGAACAGAGCAUUAGCACACUGGGAACUUCAGGAAAAAGCUUUGAAGAGAAAGUGCAAGAAGCAGAGACCAGAAGCUUCCAGUCUCGAGAAAAGGAGAUUGUCUCUCAUGAAGGAGAUUCUUUCUGAUCAAUACCAGAUGCAGAAUGUCUUGGAGAAAUCUGAUCACUUGAUGGCUACAGCAAAAGAUCUGUUUGUAGAUUUUCCUCGUAGGCGCACAGGGUUUCCAAAUGUAACAAUGGCUCCCGAUUCCUCUCAGGGUCCCAUCGUGGUAAAUCCGGACCCUGUCACCCAGUCCAUCCUUCAUGAGUCUGCCAUAGAGCCUCAGGCUCUUAAUGAAGUAGAUGACGAAGGAGAAGAAGGCACUGUUCCUAGCCAGUCAGCAGAAAGUGAGAAUGAACUGGAUAACUCUCUAAACUCUCAGUCUCCCAGGAAUACAGACAGGUUUCUCCAGCAACUGAAGGAAGAGAAUUCUGAGUUGAUUAAUAAAUUGUGGACUGAUAUUCAGCAGAAAAUGGCAACACAGUCACAAAUAACUCCUCCAGGAACACCAUCUUCUGCUCUUUCAUCAGGAGACCAGAGAACUGCUCUGAAUGCUACCGAUGCUGUUAAGAGAAUCCAAAGCCGGCUUCAGCCUACUGAAUCUUCUGAGACUGUAGACUCAAGCUGUUCUGUGGGACAAGUACUGAACACAAGGAGGCAAACACAGCUGCUAAACAAAGUGAAAAGAAAACCAGAUUUGUGUGCUCCUUCCAAGCAGAAGACAAACUCGUUAUCAGCUAGUGCUACCUCUGCAGACUUACCAAGCAGCAACAGUUCCAGCCUGGAUAUCCUCAAACACAUGAUCCAUGAAGUGGAACAUGAGAUGAAGGAAUACGAGCGGUGGACAGGACGGGAAGUCAAGGGGCUGCAGGGUGGUCAGGGUCUCACAGGCUUCACCUUGUCGCUGGUGAGCUCUCUCUGCCGCCUCAUUCGCUACCUGAAGGAGAGUGAGCUGCAACUACGUAAAGAAGUAGAGACAAGACAGCAGCUAGAACAAGUGUUAGGUGACCAUCGAGAGCUCAUUGAUGCUCUGACGGCUGAAGUGCUUCUUCUCAGAGAGGAAAACAGUAACACACAGGCAAGACUUCAGCAGUACAUGGUCACAACAGAUGAACAGCUUAUAUCACUCACACAUGCCAUUAAGAACUCUGCUGUGAUAAAUAACUCCAGACAAGAAAGUCAGGCAUCAGAAAGGGUAGCUAUAGAUAGAAGAAUCAUAAAUAAUGCUGAGGGUCCCAUUGCAAGCACAAAUGUCCCUGUGCCAUUGAUGUUCAAAGGGGAAGAAGUGAUUGAUUUCACACAGGAAGAGUUGCCUGUUAAACUGUCUCAAGUGCCAAGCCCUCCAGACAGCUUGAAUCUGGCCACUAAUUUCCCAGCACGUAUUUUCGAGCCAGCUGUGAUGUUGACACCACCCAGGCAAAAGAGUAACUCAGAAUUCUCUCCUCUGCAGGAUGCAUUGAGGAGGACUGUCCAAACUCGCCCUGCUCCACGAAUCACUCCAAGUAUGGAACAAAACUGGGAAAAGAAGGCCUUACCUCUCGACAUAGACAUUCAGAAUUCAAGUGAAGAGAAUCGUCUCUUCACUCAGAGAUGGAGAAUAUCUCACAUGGGAGAAGAUUUGGAAAACAGAACUCAGACACCACUUGUGAAUCUCUCACAGCCCCCUUGCAGCUCCCAGACCACUUUUCAGCAAUCAAGAAGCCCUGUAUUCCCAGAAGAACCCCCAGUACUGGGAGAUGGGCAGCAGCUUAGAACAAAUGAGGCGUUGAUACAGAGAAAGGACACGAUGGCCCGAAUUGCUGAGUUGACGCUGCAGAAUUCAGCCAUUAAGGCACAUCUGCAUGCUGCUGCUAUGGGAGAACAAGGGGACGGACACAGAGAGCUGAACAGACGGGACAUUCCCGGUGAUGUGACUGCUAUUUUUCCAGUAGCUCAGUCUCUCGCACCCAGCAUGGAGGAACGGAUUGCAGAACUGAAUCGGCAGAGCAUGGAAGCUCGUGAGAAACUCCUUCAGUUGAUUGAGCAGCAGAAGCUUAUUGGUUUGAAUCUCUCCUCUUCACCAGUGUCCCCUGUUCAGUUGCCCCUCAGAGCAUGGACAGAAGGAGGAAAGAGAACCAUUGAGGUGUCUAUUCCUAGUGCAGAAACUCCCCAAAGCUCCAAACGCAAUCCUGCCUCUCCUGUCAGUGCAGCAGACUCCCGAAGAUCUUCAGGGGCCGCCAAUCAUUCUUGUUCUCCACUAAAUGCCACCUCAGGAAGUGGGCGAUUUACACCUGUUAAUCCAAGGACAAAGGUUGAAAAACAAACUGAAGAAGGCUGGUUUGCCCUUUCUACCCACAUGUCCUAAGUGAGGCUGACACUGUGUUUUCUGGAGUUUUUUCACAAAGUUUUCCUUCACUUUUCGUUCCUUUUUCGUUGCUCCUCUUUUCAAGUUUUGACAUUCUUCUUCAGAUAAAACCUCCAAAGAUCCUAUUAGUCUUUAUUAAUGGAAAUGAGAAAAAGAAUAUUUAUUUUAAUAUUUUGCCUUUUCAAAUAGGUUUUCAACAGUUAACCUAUACAUUCUCUGUAAAUAAAAUUUUGACUAUAGAGAAAUUAAAGUUUUAUUUUCUAGUAACUUCAUAAUUUUUAGCAAUAUAUCUUUACUUUUUUCAUUGUUAUUCAGGUUUUUGUUAUUUAAUGCAUUUUAAAUGUUCAUUAAUUCAUUUUUUCCCUGAAGAAUGAAGUUGCUUUACAUAAAAUUUUUAGACUAAAAUGUCUCUGUGUGAUUAAAAUCUAGCUUUCAAAAAAAUAGCUGGGUGUGGUGGUGCACGCCUUUAAUCCCAGCACUUGGGAGGCAGAGGUAGGAGGAUCACCAUGAGUUCGAGGCCACCCUGAGACUACAUAGUGAAUUCCAGGACAGCCUGGGCUAGAGUGAGACCCUACCUUGAAAAACCAAAAAACAGAAAAAAUAACCUCCCUUUGAUUUCUUUUCUGGUGGGAAGUUACUGCUAUCUAUAACCUUUUGCAAAUAGAAUGUGUAGUUUUAAAACACCUGCAAUGAGGCUGUGCAAGAAGUUUCCCACCUGUCAUCACAGCACUUAAAGCGUGAGGCAGGAGGACCUCUGGUCUCAGGUCAGCCUGGACGACACAGUGAAGCUGCAGGACAGCUGAGCUGCCUGAGCAGAUACUGUCUCCAAAGGGGGUGGCGGGCUGGCAGGGGGAUGUUACAUGGAAAUGUUUACUUAAUUUGCUUAAGCAGUUAAAGAGUAUAUGUUUUGUAAAAUUGUUAUGUUAUUUUUACAUGUGAAAGUGCCAGUAAUGAUAAUAUACAUCAAAUAAAUAAUGAUCAUGAAGCUCAAA